AUGCCCCCCCACAAAAUCUUCCACAUCCCCGAAAUCCUCGAACAAAUCCUCCUCCAAACACCUCCCCAAACCCUCCUAACCGCCGCCCAACGCACCUCCCAGACCUGGCACGCACUGAUAACCACCUCCCCCAAGCUCCAAGAAGCCCUCUUCUUCAGGCCCCAGAAACCCCUAACCCCCAGCAAUAGCAGCAGCAGCAGUACCACAACCCACCGCACGCUCAACCCCCUCCUCACCCCCAAAAUCUGGCCGCAGCUCUUCCGCAAACGCCUCGACUCCCAACCAGCAACAACAACAACCACAAACUACGGCUACACCUUACCCCCCGCGGACCCCCUCGAAGAAGAACUCUACCUCCGGCCCGACGCCAGCUGGCGCCGCAUGCUCGUGCAGCAGCCGCCGACCUCGUCCAUCGGCGUCUUCGUCAUGCACUCCUCGUGGAUAGCCAGCGACGACGACGACGUGGCGCCUGCGAACGUCUUCAAGGCCGAGGUGGAGUUCCUGACCCUGGGCCAUCUGCAUUGGUCGGCUGUGGUGGGCGGGUCUCUGUUGCCGUUGGAGAGGGCAGGCUGUUUUUGGGACCGGGCGGAUUAUUAUACGGCGAAGGAUGUCGCAUGGCGUAGGGAGAUCGAGUUGGCGCUGGACAGGGUCGCGCAGACUUGUGAUUUGGUGGUUUUUACGGGGGGGAAUUGGGAUCUUUGGAGGGUUUUGUGUGGUUGUUGA